AUGGCUUCCAAAGAAGUUGAUAAUGCAGAGGUGGGGGGAGCCUCUAUAGCUGGUGCCCCAGGCCGUGAGAUGGAACCAGGGGAGCUGAACAAUUCUGACUACCAUCCCAUUGAUGGAUCACAAAAUUUUAUGCAAGGAUUGUUACAAGCCCUUGGGGCCAUCCAGAUUCUGAAUGGAGCAAUGAUUCUGGCCCUGGGUGUGUUUCUGGGCUCCUUACAAUACGUUACUCACCUCUUCAGACACAUUUUUUUCUUUACCUUCUACACAGGCUAUCCACUAUGGGGCGCUGUGUUUUUUAUUGGCUCUGGGUCCUUGUCUAUUGCAGCAGGAAGAAAAAACACAAGCAUGUUGAUGCAGAAUAGUUUUGGGAUGAGCAUUGCCAGUGCUACCAUUGCAUUCGUUGGAAUUGUUUUUCUCUCCAUCAAUUUAGCAUAUAACAACAAGUCACUCAACAGUUGUCAGUCUUCACAGUCGCCAGACUUAUGCAUUUACAUGUGCUCCUCUUCAACAGGCCUGCUGUCUAUAAUGCUGAUCCUCACCUUGCUGGAACUGUGCAUAACCAUCUCAAUCUCAAUCAUGUGGUGCAAAGCAAACUGCUGUAAAUCACGGGAGGUCAGGUAUGAAGAUAGUCAUCAACACCAUGAGUCAACCCAGCUUAACUGCCGCCCAUCUGGAACACACUGUGAGAAGAAGUUCACCAAGUCCUUCUAUAAAAGUAAUGUUUAUGGACAAAUAGUCCAGUUAAUGAAGAAAAAUGAGGACGGGUAA